AGAAUUACUGAAAUCAUAAAAUUAAAAUUAAAAGGUCCAAAUCUCUCCGAACUUCCCUUCCCAUCUGGAUCUUCCCUUCUGUGAUUGAUUCCACAAUCAUCCAAAAUGAACGACGCAGAUGUCUCCAAGCAGAUCCAGCAGAUGGUCAGAUUCAUCCGCCAAGAAGCGGAAGAAAAGGCCAACGAGAUCCUAGUUUCUGCUGAAGAAGAAUUCAAUAUAGAGAAGCUGCAACUGGUUGAGGCAGAGAAGAAGAAGAUCAGGCAAGAGUAUGAGCGUAAAGAGAAGCAAGUUCAAGUUCGCAAAAAGAUUGAGUAUUCAAUGCAGCUUAAUGCCUCUCGGAUCAAAGUGCUUCAAGCUCAAGAUGAUAUGGUUAAUUCCAUGAAAGAUGGAGCAGGAAAGGAGCUUUUGAAUGUCAGCCAAAAUCAGCAUCACUACAAGAAUCUUCUCAAAGACCUUAUUGUUCAGAGUUUGCUCAGAUUGAAGGAGCCUGCUGUCUUGCUACGUUGCCGGAAAGAUGACCAUAAUUUGGUGGAGUCUGUCCUGCAUUCAGCAAAGGAUGAAUAUGCUGAGAAAGCAAAUGUUUUCCCCCCAGAAAUCAUUGUGGACCAUAAUAUCUAUCUCCCACCUGCUCCUAGCCAUCAUAAUGCUCAUGGUCUUUCCUGCUCUGGAGGUGUGGUGUUGGCGUCUCGAGAUGGGAAGAUUGUGUUUGAAAAUUCCCUUGAUGCGCGUUUGGAUGUUGCAUUCCGUAAAAAACUUCCCGAGAUCCGCAAGUUGCUAGUUGGCCAGGCUGUAUAAUGGCAUCGUGAGGCUUCUGCAUGAUGAGAUGGUUAGCGUUGUUGUUUUGUCCCUGGAUAAUUUAUGUCCUAUAUUUGAAAACCCAGAGAUUAUUAUCAAUUGUUUGGUUGUGUUUUAAAUUUCUUGUUUGCGAAAAACCUUUAUUUCUGAAAUUAGUGAAGCUUGUACUCGGUCUAGUGUUUGUAUCACCCUAGACACCUCAAGGCAGCCAUUCAAUAAUAAAUAAAAUAUCUAGUGUUUUGGUCAA